AUGGCUAAUGAGGAGAGUUUUGUAGUGUUGGUACAUUAUAGAAUGUCCAUUAAGAGAAAAACACGCUCUGGUGUGAAGUUCACUGAUAAGGAUCCUCUUAGUAUUUUUAUGAGACCUACGACGAGAUUCGAUGACUUCCUGAAUUCUAUAAUACAGAAACUUGGGCUGCAAGGCGUGGAACGGGUUCGGAAGUUAUUCUAUCGCAUUCCGAUCUCAGUGCUGCGAGAUGACGUGAAGUACAAUUCUUUCAUCCUAGGGAGUGACGAGGAUUUGGAGGUCCUGUUCCAUUGUCGUCGGCAGUUUCCCGAGGUCAGGACACUUGAGCUAUUGGCAAAGCUAGUUGAUGUGGUAUCUAGCUCGAGAGGUUCAAACCGGAAUACCCAAACUCUAGGCACGGUAGCUGGUUCUAGCCCGAGACCUAUUGGUGCAUCUUCGUCCGUGCCUGUGAAUGCACCUCGGAAUGAGCCUGUCGCCUCCCCGUCGUUCGCCAUUGAUCUCAACUGCAGUGGUGGCGGAGAGUGUGGGGCACCGGCUGGUAUGGGUGAUGCAUUGCUGGAUGAUGAUGACGUUGAUGAUGUGGAGCCGGACAUCAUUGCUGAUGAUAGUGGCGAUGACAUUGCAGCGAGUAGUCUAGAUGGGGGUGGCGGUGGUUCUAGCUUUGGGACUCAGUAG